UUAUCUAUCUCUCUCUAUCUAUAUAUUUGUAUAAAUAGAGAGAGAGAGAGAGAGAGAGAGGGUGAAUUUCAUAUAUAUGUAAAUAUAUAUCACUAUUCUUUACAAUCACAAUGUUUUAAUCAAUUUAAAAUAUCUAAUCUUUUGCCAGCCUUAAUAUAUAUAAAAGUAAUACAAUCAUUUACAUUUACUUACUUCUGGUUUUUUGAUUACAUAUUUAUUAUUAUUUUUUAUUUUUUUUAUUAUUAUUUAUGGAAAUAACAGGAGCAGCCAAUACUAAAACUUUGAUUUGUAAGCAAGAUACUAAAAUAUUUUUACUACUACACCUCCGUAAUGUUGGCACACUUAGAAAAAAAAAUCCAGUCGCCCAAACAGCAGUCCUGCUGCAUGCUGCUGCAAAAGGCAAAGUCCCUCCCCUUGAUUUUAUGAGUCCUUCUAGUAUGAGAUAGAAAUGGAGAUAGAGAGAGCAAGAGAGAGAGAGAGAGAGAGAGAGUGAAGGAGGAGGAAUGAUGCACUAGUACAGUUUUCUGCAGAGCUCAUAUGGGAAAUUGAUCCCACAGCAUCAUCCUACCAGCUGAAGUGCCACUAACUGUGAACAUGAAGUAGGAAGGAUUCACCAUCAUCGUAUCCAUGGAGACUUUCUCUGAGCAGAGGCACGAGCCAGUGUGGAGACAAGAAGUUUCCACAUAACACUGAAUUUUUCUACAGUAUGAAUAAAGGUAAGUGAAACUUGCCAGGAGGAGUGAAGAUGUCGUCCUCUCCGGGAAUCAAGUCUCAGGAGCAUGUGGACUUGCUGUACAUCUCCAUUGAGACAGCUGUUGCCCUGGCCUCAGUGCUGGGGAAUGUGCUGGUGGUGCUGGUGGUGUGUGUCAACCGUGCUCUCCGUAACACCACCUUCUGCUUCAUCGUGUCACUGGCCGUGGCUGACAUCGCCGUAGGCGUCCUGGUCAUCCCUCUGGCUAUUAUCAUCAGCCUUGGAUUUAGCACGGAAUUUUACACCUGCCUCUUCCUCUCCUGCCUCCUGCUCAUCAUCACCCAGAGCUCCAUCCUGUCUCUGCUGGCCAUCGCCAUUGACCGGUACCUCAGAGUGAAGAUUCCCACAAAGUACAGCAUCAUAGUGACCCAGGGCAGGGCCUAUGUGGCAGUCUGUCUAUGCUGGAUCCUGUCCGUUCUCUCCGGGUUGGUUCCAAUGAUUGGAUGGAAUAACCGUGACAUCCAGGGAAACUUCAGCACUUCCAGUGAAAUCGUGUGUGAGUUCACUGCUGUCAUCAGGAUGGACUACAUGGUCUACUUCAACUUUUUUGGCUGGGUGGUGGUACCACUGACCAUCAUGAUUGCUCUGUAUGCAGAGAUCUUCAGGGUGAUCCGGAGGCAGCUGAACAAACGCGCCGAGGCCACGUGCGAUGGAGACAGAUACUAUCGCAAGGAGCUGAAACUGGCCAAAUCACUGGCCCUGGUUGUCUUACUCUUUGCUUUGUGUUGGCUGCCAAUACAUAUCAUGAACUGCAUCAACUUCUUCUGCCCUCAGUGUCGCAUACCCAAGUUUGCGAUGUAUGUUGGCAUUUUCAUGUCCCACGUGAACUCAGCCAUGAACCCCAUGGUUUAUGCCUUCAGGAUAGAACGUUUCCAGGUCACACUGGUGCAGAUCCUCCGCCGCUGCAUGUUAUGUAAAUCAACGGAGCCCACCCCAUGUCCCAGCAGAAUGCCGGCCCUGACAGAGAAGGGGGAUGUUUAAAAGUAGAAAAGAUUUAUUUCUGUUGGCAUUUGCCCUCAAUGUUAAUUGGAAAUUCCAGCCUGAUAUAAAAUCAAUACAUUGCUAAUUUCAGGCUCUCUAUUCAUCAAAAAACAACUUGAAGCAACAAUUACACUGACUUCACAGAUUUGCCACUCCGCACUAAAAACACUAGAUAGCAAGAUAGCAAUAUAUGAACAGUAUUAUAAACUGCAGCAUUACUGCUAAUUUUUCUUCUUCUUCAAAUUUUGAUUCUUCAUCCUCAGCGUUGCUUUUCCAAGAUUUCCUGAUUACUUGCAAAAGAUGGAAGAAAUUAGAAAACACUAACAAAAUUAAAACACUACACUAUGGUCCCAUAUAGAAUGACUGUACGGUCCAUGGAAUUAAAUGGUGUUUUUUCUCUCUGCCAUGUUGGAUCACUACAUUUUAACAUUUUGACCAAAGAUGACAAAUAUUGCUAAAUCCUGCACUGUGUACUUUUGAUCGAUUCAUAUUGAAUUACAUCAUCCUUUUCAUAAAAAAAGAUCAUAAAAACCAAUAUAUUAUACUGUAUGUACAGUAUUUAUUUCAGGUUACAAAGUAAGAGUAGGUUUUGUUCAUUAACAAGAGUGUGGCCAACCUCAGGGUUAAUUGUCUGCCAGGGCUAAACCGUGUCAGUCCAUUCCUGACGUUUCGAUGACACGUGGUGAUGAAAUGUUUGACCAAUUGUCAUGAGGCUAAAAAUAGGUGUAGAAAUAGAUAGAUAGAUAGAUAGAUAGAUAGAUAGAUAGAUAGAUAGAUAGAUAGAUAGAUAGAUAGAUAGAUAGAUAGAUAGAUAGAUAGUCACAGGAAUAACACAAAAAUACAAGUACAGACAAUACAAUACAAAUCAAUUAGCAGCACACCAUCAAAUGUAGAGAAAACCUUAACAAUUAAUAGAUUGUAAAAUAAUGUUAUUGUUAUCAUAUGUAAUGUUUACAUUUAGAAGAAGUAAUGGUGUUGGAGUAAUGGUUUGCAGGAAGAAGAAAAAACCCAUCAGAGUAUGAAAGUGAAAACAUACAGGAAACAAAUCAAUGUGGUGUUCAUUGUUUUUAUGUUUAACAAUAAAAUUUCAAUAUAAAGAAGUGGAAAGGGUUCUUACUGGAACCAGUGAAGUCACUGAACCAAAUAAAGCAACCGCAGUGAUGUCAGAUCCUCAGGAUACUGGCACCUCUUUAGCUAUAAUUCAAUUAUUUCAGCAGAUACUGCUGGGUGUUAAAAAGGAUCUGAAGCUUUUGAGUAAAUUACCUACAGAGCAAAGUGUUGAUGUGAUUAAGCCUCUGCCUCAGCUUUGUCCACACUUUCAGUUCUGUCUGCACCCUGGUAUAGAAUCAAUUGCUUUUUUCUGUUGUUGAACGUGAUUUGAUGUCUAGAUAUUUGUACUGCAUAUUAACAAAGCUCCAAAGAGAUACUGUACUGUACUUAACCUUAAAUUCUGCAUGAACAUAUACAGUAGAACCUCCACCCUCCCUUUCUCUCCCUUCGUCUACUACUCAUGAACACAUUUUGCCAUCUGUCACCUUCAUCUUGUUGGAGGGAUUUGAAACUGCUGAGUGUGUUCUAAUCCUCAGCCCUCGCCUUAGUGAGGUAGGUGCCACACACAAACAUUUUGGCAUCCGCAGCCACACGUGUGGCAAGUGGCUCGCUGAGCACUAAAGAAGAAUUAAUAUGAAUUAAAAAUCCUAGAGUCUCCAUUGUUGUUAAUCUAGACCUCUGACAGGUAAGAAUGUUCAUAUUCAUCCUACCACAGCUGCAGAACGUUUUGAUGUUCUACAACAGCCCUCCAAUGGAAGUGUGUCUAUUUAAAUACCUUUGUAAGGAGGACUAAAAGCACUCUGAUUUCCAGCACCACACCAGUGUAAAAUGACUGAAAGUGAGAGAGCAGAAGGCGUCCAGGAUCUGGAGGACCCAGGAGACCAUCUGAGCGAUGGUGAGCAAGCUUUGCUUCACUUUAGUGCCUACACUGAAGCCCGGCGUGCUCUCCCCUGGGAGCAGUGGACAUCCAGAGAAAGGGCAAACUAUUAUGUGGACCGCAUCUUCCUCGGAGUGUUGAUCAUUUUUGGAAUUAUGCUGCUGGGGGAGUUUUGGUAUAAAAUGUGGUAUGUGACAAAUGUGAGGAAAAUUGCAGAGUCUGUGUCAGAUUCUCUGGUCUGGCUGUUCACAUGGCUCUUCACACAGGAGAGGCAAGAGGAGCUGAUGGAACUGUAGCUUCAUAAUCCAGUGGAGCGACUGACAAACGUCUGGUCUCUUUGUGCGAUAAAUAAUUCUUGUCUUACUGUUUUAGUAGCAUGUGUUAUUACAGAUGUUAAGAAAGGAAUCCAUUUAUACCCACAUCAUAAGUGAACAUACCAUCAUGUAUAAAUAAUUCAGUGACGUUAUUUUUGAUGAUGAACCAUGGA